GGUAGAUUGCCAUUGCACGCGGAUCCUGAUCUAAAUAAUGCUUACAGCUGUUCGUUACCUCUUAAUCGACGGCUCAGAUUCACUCAUUCAAAACAUUCGGAGAACCGGAAGAAGCACAUAAAAUCUAUAGCACCCUUCUUGUUUCUUAUAGUAGCGGAAGGUCUUAAUGGCAUCAUAUCGUCGGCUGUCGCGAAAAAUCUAUUCGAAGGAGUCCCAAUGGGAGAAGGGAGUAUGAAUAUCUCUCAUUUACAAUUCGCGGAUGACACACUGUUAUUAGGGGUAGCAACAGAAGAAAAUAUAUGGACCUCAAAAUGCAUCAUGAGGGCUUUUGAGCUCGUCUCCGGCCUAAAAGUAAAUUAUGGCAAAAGCUCUCUUAUUGGAAUCAAUGUCGACAACCUAUGGGAAAAGGAAAUGACAUGGCUAUUAAACUGCAAAUCAGGGUCCUUGCCGUGUAAGUACCUGGGUAUACCUUUGGGUGCAGAUCCGAGAAGGAUAGAUACAUGGAAGCCACUGAUCGACUCUUUUAAAAGAAAAUUAUCAACAUGGAAGGGGCGCUAUCUAUCUCUGGGAGGCAGAAUUACACUCAUAAACUCUGUGCUAUCUAGUCUACCAGUGUUCCUAAUGUCUUUUUAUCUCAUCCCAAAGACCGUCAUAAGGGAGUUAGACAAAAUAAGGAGGAGAUUUUUAUGGGGGGGUGCUGAGGAGAGGAAUAAAGUUGCAUGGGUUGCAUGGGAGAAUAUAUGUCUUAACAAGCUUGAAGGGGGAUUGGGUAUAAAAAAUAUGUCAUGUUUCAACAAGUCAUUAAUAGGAAAAUGGUGGGGAAGACUGCUUAUGGAAAAGGGGGGCCUGUGGAAGAGAGUCUUAGCUGAAAAAUAUGGGAUCAAGGAAGGGAAUUCGCUUACGUGCUUGAAGGAAGGCAGAUCCCAAGGCUCUAAAUGGUGGAGGGAUGUGCGUAAAAUAGAUCAAGCGGAGGGUGCAAAAAAUAAUUGGGUGAGCUCAGGUUUUGUAGCAAAAUUGGGGGAUGGUGGAUCUUUGAAGUUUUGGUCGGAUGAAUGGGUAGGAGGGAGUGCUCUCUCUAACAAAUUCCCCCGCUUGUUUUUAUUAUCCACGGGCCAAAACGCAAAGGUUAAAGAAAUGGGAACCUGGAGGAACGGUAGCUGGCACUGGAAACUACCAUGGAAGUGUCAACUUCGUUCAUGGGAGGAGGACCUUCAAAAGGAGCUAUUAGAGAUAAUCAAUUCGGCUCACCCAAUUCAGAACAAAGAAGAUCGAUGGAGAUGGCAUCUCGAAAACUCAGGAACCUAUACAACCAAGACUGCAUAUUCCCAACUCUCAAAAGGUGGCCCAAGGCCUGAUGGAGACUUCAAGAGGAUAUGGAAAGCCCCCAUUCCAUCCAAAGUAAGUGCUUUUUGUUGGCAAUUACUUCACAAGAAACUCCCCACAAAAGAUAAUCUUGCAGUUCGGGGAAUUUUAACUGACCCAUCUAGCUUAAAUUGCUGUUGGUGUGAUGCAUGUCCCGAAUCCCCUGACCACAUGUUUUUUCAUUGUAAUUUGGCUUAUUCUUUGUGGAUGGAAUGCUAUAAGUGGUGGGGAGUGCAUUAUGUCAUGAGUAAUUCUUGUAGGAUGGCCUUAGAUCAACACAUAUGGACUGGGGGCAAAAAAUUAAUAAAUAGAGGGUGGAACAUCAUUUGGUUUGCAGUGGUUUGGACUCUAUGGCUGGGAAGGAACGACUUGAUUUUUAACAAAAAGGAGGCAAAGGUUGACCGCUUCUUUGAGCUAGUUCAAUCUCAAUCUUUCUUUUGGGCUAAAAACAUAGCUGGUAUGGAUGGAUUUUCUCUGUCAGCUUGGGUCGAGAACCCAACAAAUUGCUUAAAGAUCAAAGUUAUUUAGGAAGACAGUGAUUGAACUAGAAUUAUUUUGGUUUUUACUCUGUUUUGCUCUGUUUCAGCAGCUGGUAGGAUAAAUUUUUGUAACCUGCUGUUCUGCUGUCCGUGUAAGUAAUGGGAUGGAAUACCCCUAGUAUUCCAAUAUCAAUAUACCAUUUGCUUUUCA